AGGCGGCCUUGCACGACCAGUUGAACCGGCUCAAGGUUGAAGAACUAGCCCUCCAAUCAAUGAUUAGUUCUAGGAGAGGGGAUGAGAUGUUGUCUUCUCAGCCUGCACCUGAACAGUCACCUGAUAUGUUGGUUCAUGUUGACAGUGAAGCAUCAAUCAACCAAACGGCACUGGAGUUGAGCACAAGGAGCCAUGUGCCCGAAGAGGAGGAGGAGGAAGAGGAAGAAGAAUCAGAUUCCUGAAGCAGGAUAGGGAAAAACCGAGCUUAGUUACAGGAACUAAGUUACUACAUCUGAGGAACUUUUGUCUCUUCAA